AUGAGUUCUGCCAGCGAGUAUACCCUCACGAAACGUAAAAAAAAGAAAAAAAAAGUGGAUAAAAAAUUUUUGGUCAAAAAUAUGCUUACUCCUGAAAAUUCAAAACAUAAUACUAGACCCAUGAGUUCUGCCAGCGAGUAUACCCUCACGAAACGUAAAAAAAAGAAAAAAAAAGUGGAUAAAAAAUUCUUGGUCAAAAAUAUGCUUACUCCUGAAAUUUGUGAAGAACUUUAUUCGGAAAAAAAAAAUUCAAUUCUUGAUCCACAAACUUUUUCCAACAAUUUAACCGAUCCUACGCAAGUGUCAUUUCCUACGUCUACUUUACCAUUAGAUGAAGCCAUCAAGAUGCUUAAUACACUUAAAAGGGAGAGUGUACCGAAAACUUCCGAACGUGUGCCACAACCUCCAUAUAACUGUAUGCCCUGUAAAUGUACGCUCUAUGCAAUCUUCUAA